GCAAUAAAUGUUGACGUUUCAAAAUAAAAAAAUGUUUUAAAAUGAACCGAAUCGUGUUAUUAAAGUAAACAAUCGCAUUUGAAUAAACAUGUCGACGACGACAACGAUCCAGAUUCCGGUGACGGGCACAAAUAACUCCAAAGACGACGCAAACGGCAAAAUGAAGAGUGUUUCCGGCACGGGCGAAUCUGAAAAUCAGGUCAAAAUUUUGUGUUUCGACUUGACAUCCUUCAGCAAGACGACACAAUUUAUCCUCUGUUGUGUUGGCGUGUUUGUUCUUUUCCUCAUUUACGGCUAUUUGCAAGAACUGAUCUUCACUCUCGACGGCUUCAAGCCUUACGGAUGGUAUUUGACACUCGUGCAAUUUUUGUAUUACACAAUUUUUGGCUAUGUCGAACGCAUGACACACACAGGCAUGCGGAAAAUCCCGAUAAAAACAUAUCUCGUCCUUGCUGCUUUAACGCUUGGGACAAUGGGCUUCAGCAAUUCCAGCUUGGGCUAUUUGAAUUAUCCGACGGAAGUUAUCUUCAAAAGUUGUAAAUUGGUGCCCGUUUUGAUUGGGAGUGUCGUGAUUCAGAGGAAACAACAUUCUUUUUUGGAAUUUUUGGCAGCAAUUUGCAUGUGUAUUGGAUUAGCUUUGUUCACGUUGGCUGAUGCUCAAGUUCAACCAAACUUCAAUUCUUUCGGAAUAUUUUUGAUUUCGAUGGCUUUGUUGUGUGAUGCCGCCAUCGGAAAUGUACAGGAAAAGGCGAUGCGUGAGAAUAAGGCUCCGAAUCACGAAGUUGUGUUCUAUUCCUAUGGAAUCGGGUUCCUUUACUUGUUGGCGAUCAUGAUUUGUACAGGAGAUUUUUUCACAGGAACGAAAUUCUGCUUGGAAAAUCCAAUUCCAACGUACGGUUACGCCUUCGUCUUUAGUAUUACGGGCUAUUUGGGGAUUCAAAUCGUUCUUACGCUCGUUCGCACUGUCGGAGCUCCCAUGGCAGCUCUCGUAACUACCGCACGAAAGGCUGUGACAAUUUUCCUGUCAUUCAUCCUCUUCACGAAACCCUUUUCAUUCCAAUACGUAUGGUCGGGAGCGAUUCUCGUGCUCGGCAUUUACCUCAACGUCAUCAGUAAGAAGAACAAAUUGACGUUUUCCGAGUUCCUACAACGGAUUCAAACGUGCCUUGGACUCGCAACAAGUCAUGAUGAUGCGCGACAAAAAUUGUUGCAAAAUGUUUAGACGAAUUUUCUGAUUUUUAGUGUAAUUUAGGUAAUUUUGUUAGUUGUUUAAGGCCAAAUAAAGGAGUCAAACUCUGCUUAAAUAAAAAAAAAUAUUGACAA